AUGACGUCAUCCGUCUUCUCACGUCUCAACUUCAUCUCACACGAAGCUGAGCACAUUGCAACCUUGUCCUACUCAAUCACGACCGGUUUCAGUAUGCCGGAUAAAAUCAUAGAUGCUGCCCUGGCUGAGGUGAAGAGGACGAGUGACAUUUCUCAGGAUGUGCUCAAAUCUGGUGCAUAUUUGUACCCCCCUAAAGGUAGGACUCGGAGACAUGAUCCAUACCUUGAGCAGCGGCUGACUAGUGUCCAGGGUAUUUUUUACUUUGCAGCUCAUAAAGAUUUAUGGAAGCCCUUUCGGGCUCGUGCCGGGGCGACUAUCAGUCUAGGCCUCGGCGUCACAUCAGCGAUGUUUUUCUUCACCUACGUGCCUCAGAUGGCCGUAAUGGCCAUCACAAGUGGACCCCUUGCCGCGAUCUCUGCAGGAGUUCUUGUUUUGAGCGAAAGCUCUACCAUCACGAAUCUCCUUGCCCGAUCCUUCUUGGUCGAGGAAGCUCUGAUUGACACAUUCGAUGGCACCUUGGUUGCCCGCGGCCAGGAAUCUCUGGUCGCCGAAGGGCGGCAACUCAAGCCCAACUCCGGAGGAAUGGAUGCUAUUGCGAGGCUCGGCAAGGCCAUCUCUCGACCAUUCACAAAAAUGAGCCCACAGAGCCUUUUCAGGUCUCUGCUUUAUCUGCCUUUGAAUCUGAUCCCUAUGGUCGGAACCGUGUUAUACAUCACGGCCCAGGGAAGACGAAUUGGCCCGAAGCUUCACGCACGAUAUUUUCAGCUCAAAGGCUGGAACUCGCGACAGCAAGAUGAAUGGUUGGCUAAACACAAGGCGGCCUACACCGGGUACGAGAAUUUCCACACUACAUGA